AUUCCUUAACUACAUGCCCUCCUAAUGGCUUACUGAACGCCGGCGCUUCGACGAAGGAGGUUUGGGAUCUUUUAUGGCAGGUCAGCUGCAACUCGUGGUAGCAUGCACCCUUGCAGCAGCUUCUGGCUUGGUAUUAUGGAUCCUUGAGCAAGGGCAUGAGCGGCGACAGGAGAAUAAUGCUGGCCGCCCUGGUCGUUAUGAACGGGGAAUGCGUGAACGCGAGUAUGUCCGCCUUAUUCCGGAUGGCGAAAUGCUGCUAGUUAGGAGCCUCUUGCGGCGCAUCUACAAAUCUCGCGGUUGGACUAUCGACGCAGCGUCCCGCGAGCGGGCAUGGGCGGGUGUUUUGGCCACAGCGCAGACUCAAGCGGGCGGCAGUUGGCCGAUGGACUUCCAACCUUGCGACGUCACGUCAGAGCAGCUCCAAGCGCUAUGCCUUGCUGUGGAACAGACCUUCCUGGGAGGCCUUCUCUCCGCACAGAUUCGCAAGUCUCGCCGGCCGCGCCUGCAAGUCGAGUUGGCUGUUGACCCGCGGGAUCCUCAUUCAUGGCUGUCAGGCCUGCACGAGGACAACACCAUUUACAUCAAUGCUAACCGCUGGCGGGAAAGCAUAUCCGAUGUCAGCCCCUUGGAUUUCGAGGGCACGCUUUGCAGCAGCAAGUUGGAGGCACUUGCACAUGCUCUUGGCCAUGAGUUGGUCCAUGCGGUGGUGUUAAACUUCUUCCCCGAAAUGGACGCGACCUCGCCUGCUUACAUACCUGACGAUAAGCAUGGACCCAUUUUCAUGCUUCUGAACAAACGGCUGUUCGGCCACACUGGCCAUGCCUGUCGGCGCCUGUUUACCGUUGAAGGGUAGAUGCUGCAGGAGGGGUUAUGUAUAUAUCCACAUGCGUGUCCAAUGUCGGGUCUUACUGCGUUAUAGGACUAUGCUUCAUGUCAGACGCCGUUUAAUCUUAGAAGCAGCCGCUUCUUGCUGGCUUUCGUACGUUUUUCCUUGUCUUGUACGAACUGGCCAUGUUCCUGAAGACAUGUCUUCCUAAAAUCAUGUCCGUUACAUACUCGUUAGGUCAGUGUCAGUUUUGGGGCCAGUACUCUAUACACUCGCUAGGAUGCCAUUUGCCAUAAUGCAUAUUGUUUGGUUUACUGGUACGUAGCAGGGGUGCCUUUUGGGGCUGCUGGUGUUUUGGCGUAGGCAUCACACCCAUCCGUGCGUUGGGAUAUGACGGACAUGUGGGGUAGACCACCAUGCUCCUGUCCUACCGCACGGCACGCUGCUGUGUUUAGCAUGGACAGUUUAGCACUUAUCACGGGGGCCGCACUUAUCAGGUAUAUAGUCGAUGUGGGUGUGGUAUGCUGUGAUGUGGCCAUGACCACGACAGUACCGGUAUGCAGAGAAGUGAUUACAUUGUCUGCUUUGCGACACGCCUGCGUCACGUGUGUUGCAGCACCGGUAUACGGUAACAGGGC